CUGGCCGUCUCCCGGCUCUCACUCUCGGUGUGUUCUCUCAUGUCUUUGUGUCUCACUGCAGAGGAGCGGAGCAGCCGGCGUGCUCUAUUGUCUACUGCUAGUUGCGCUCCCCCGCCGGCUGCUCCCCCCCACCCCCAUCCCCCGGUGAUGCUGAGAGCGGGGCACUAGUUCCAGGACAGUGAGGAGCUCCCCCCGGCCCGGCAGGGAUACAAUGAAGGAUCUGAAGAAGUAUAUGACAGAAGGUCUGCUGCAGUUCACCAUCCUGCUGAGCCUGGUCGGGGUGAGGGUGGAUCUGGAGUCUUACUUGCCCCCCAUCCGGGAGAUCAUUCUGGGGAGCAGCUCUGCCUAUUCCCCCAUUCCCUUCCACAGCCUCAGCCUGCACCCCAAGAGCCCGGAGCUGGACUCCUUCUUCACCGCCAGGAGGCUGCUGGACGAGGUGAGGGCGCUGGGGGACCCCCAUAUCCCCAGGACUGAGCUCAGCGCCUGGUUGGUUCACGCCGUAACCGGGGAUGCCGAGGCUGGACCGGUCAGCGUUCUGCUGGGAACCAAUGAGGAGAGCCCUGCUGACCCCCCAAGUGACAAUGAGGGCCCCAGCCAGACACCUGCCAGGAGCAGCAACCUGCAGCCUAGCCAUGACCCCCCAUCCCAACCACACAUCGCUACCGAGGCCGGCCCUGGAGACUAUACCAAAGAGACACAAGAUGAAAAGCUGGGAUAUGCUGCUGAUUCCUAUGGUUACAACUACCUUCAGAGUGAGAAUGGGAAGAGAGGACUGGACGAGGACGUAGCUCAGCAAAAUGGCCAGGAUGGCACAAUUGGAGCCGCUAGAAAUACGGAUUCAAGUGCCAACAGCAACCUAAGAUCAGAGAUUGAAGGAAACACAACAGAGCCUUCUCUUUUCUUUGAAGAAUUUAUUCAGCUGCUAGCACAAACGGAAAAUGCACUAGAGGGCACAAGUGAAACUUCUCUUCAGAACACUCAGCCCUCCCCCCGACCAGGAAAUUCAGUCAAUGAACUAUGGCAAGACCUCCUUUCCUUGCCUGAUUUAAAUAUUACACUGGAGGAUAUCCAGUCAAUUUCAAAUACCAACCAUCCAAUCGGCUCUACUGCACCCUACAAUGUGGAUUUUACUGAGGCAAUAAGUCAAGAUGUAAGUCUGCAGGAAGCCAUGUACACAUCAAGUCAGAGUGUCCGGUCCAUUGAAGAUUUGACCCAUACACCCGAAAGCUUCAUGCAAUUAAACUCAAGUACUGUUCCCGGAGGACCCCUGAGUGUAACAGAUUUAACAUCUUUAUUUCCAACUACUGACAACUGCUCUAGAAAUUCAACAAAUCAAGAUCUUCUUUCUGGUCUUGACGAGAAUGUAUUUGAUGAAAUCAACUUAAUGUCCUUAGCCCUGGAAGAAGGAUUUGAUCCUCUGGAGGUGUCUCAGUUGUUUGAAGAACCAGAUUCAGAUUCUGGACUUUCUCUCAAUUCAAGCCAUAGCCCUGCUUCUGCAAGCAUAUCUGAUUCUUCAUCGAUAACCUAUGGGGAGGAUGAAGGAGCUGCUGGCUACAGCAGUGACUCUGAGUCUGUCUCUUAUGAUGGCCUUGAAGGGGCAGUUGGAGGAACUUGGACAGAUAUCAACAAACUUUGCCAGAUGGAUUAUCAAGAUGAUGCAAGUUACUAUGAUGAAGUGUCGUUAAAUAAUGUCCGCCAUAACCAUUCAUACAAUCAGCUGCCUGACCAGUUAGAGUCCAGUCCUGAACAUCAUUACAGCUGGACAGCAAAAUCGGGUAAAUCGGGAAGCCCCUGUGUAAUGGAGAAAAGCCUCAGCCGUGAUGAACGUCGAGCUAAGUCCCUAAAAAUUCCUUUCACAGUAGAUGAAAUUGUUGGCAUGCCCGUAGAGAUGUUUAACAACAUGUUAUCCAAGCAUUUCUUGACUGAGUCACAGAUAUCCGUUAUAAGAGAUAUUCGGCGUAGGGGGAAAAACAAGGUCGCUGCUCAGAACUGUAGAAAACGUAAGCUGGAUGUAAUUUUGAACUUGGAGGACGAUGUAAAUGAGUUGAAGGCACAGAAAGAAAAGCUUUUGAAAGAACGAUCUCAAUGCAGCAAGUCCAUGGGCCACUUGAAACAGAAACUCAAUGACCUCUACCGCAAUGUGUUUAGCAGACUACGAGACGAUCAGGGCAGACCGGUCAAUCCAAGUCAAUAUUCACUGCAUUGUAAUAGUGAUGGCAGCAUCAUUGUGGUUCCAAGGAGACUGUUCAAAUCUGAGCAAAAAAAAGAUUCACAGAAAGACAAGAAACAAAAAUAAAAACCCUGAACUCGUUAAUGCAGUAGUUAUAAGGAGAGACAAACUAUCCCAAAACAUAGUGGCAGCAGUGAUAUAAUACUGUAACAUGCCAGACGUUGCGCACUGGACUAUGUGUGAUAAUGAUAAAGUAGCUGUUAACAUAUUUUUUUCCACAAGAUGGCUAUGCACUCCUAAAAAAAUAUAAAAAAUAUGAGGAAGCUGCUUUUAUCUGGCACUAAACUUGUUCAGACCGUGUGACAUACUACAAAUUGAUAUCAUCAUGGCUGUACAAUAUUAUCCUGCUUCAUACAUGGAAAUUUGGUGUAAAAUAUGACCUAGGUUGUACAAGAAGCAUUCUUAUAUCAAUAUAAUGUAUUUGGGUUUUUCUUUUGCCUUUAUUUUUUAGAAUUUUGAUUUUUCUUUUUAAACAAAUACUGAGAUAUGAGAAAUCAAAGACCUUGACACCCCAAAAAAAGACAAAAUUGUCUAAUUACAAAGUGACCUUAGAUUUAGUCUGUCGCACUGGAGCACAUUGCUAAAUGUUGUUAUAUUCUUGCUUUUUUUUUUCAUUUAAGAUAAGUGGUGUUUGUUUUUUUAAUUUAUACAAUAGAUCUAUAAAUUAUGAGUGCUACUUUUUUUUUUUGGUUCUUGUUCAUCCUUGUGUUUUAUUUUUUUUCUACAAAAAAAAGUCCUGGUGGCUGAUCCUGGUAUAUUUGUCAUAAACAGUAUUUAAGACUAUCAUUAUAAUAGCAAGCUGGAGUUGCUUAUUUUGUAUUGUUUUAUAUGUAAUUUCUCCAGUAUAAAUGUUGGCUGGCUAUUCUUUUUCUUUGUUUACAAUGGAAAUACUUGCUAAAGAAAUUUUACUUUACGAUCAACUUAUUUUGCAUUUAUACUACAGGGAAAUAUGUUUUUUUUUUUUUUUAUCUAAAAAUCCUGUUUCGUUAUUUUGAACUUGUAUGGCUGAGAUUUUUAUUCGGUAUAAAGUGAUUGCACCACCUUGUAUUUUGUUUUCAGCCCUAGUGUGUGGCCUUUCAUUCUGAGAGAGGUGGAUGAAUGUCACAGCAGCUGUUUCAAGGAAUUCUCCAUUUUAAUUUAAAGGGCCCAUGAUGGAGAGAGACCACUUAACGUCCCCAUCUCCAGAACAUCCUGAUCUGGGGCCUCUUAUGUUUUACAUGGUGCCAUAACUUUACCCUGGUAUUAUUUGUCUUUUAUCCUCACAUAAUGGAUUGUAGGAAUUGUGUUAGAUCAUCACUAGUGGUGAAUUUAACAUUUCAAAUCUGCCCUUUGCAACAGUGGGAUGAGAACUGCCCUCUAGCAAUUUUUUAUUUUUUUUAUACCGAGUAGCAUGUUGGAUCCUUCUCUUCAGUGUAGAAAAGUCAAAAUUAUAAAUUCAGUUGAAAUUUAAAAUAUGGAAAACAACUGGUAAUGUCUGCCUGUUCCAUCCACACAGGCCAGACAAACAUAUGGAGCCUUGCCAUUACAGCACCGAUGUCGCCAGUUCCUGAAGAACUUUGAUGGCUACAAUGUAUAGUCCACAUUUGUGGUUUAACAAAAAAAUAAAGCAGACAUCACAAAAUU